GUCAGUUAGUUAGCUGGGUAUAUUUAGCUGAUUGCAUUAUCGGAUCAGAUUUAACCUGCAGUCCAACAGUAUAGCACUAAGUACACGUAGUUUAUGCUGUUUCAGGUGAACAUUAGUUGCAGUGUAGGUAGUUAACUAGUUAACUUGACACCAACAGCAGCUUUGUUUUUUCAGUAGAUCCUGGAUUUUCUGUAAGGAACGAAAACAGACGAUUUCUGAAAUGUCUUCAGACGAAGACAGGGCCAAGGAAAUUUUGAAGGGCUUCAAACUAAACUGGAUGAAUCUUCGAGAUGCAGAAACAGGCAAGGUGCUAUGGCAGGGAACUGAGGACCUCUCUGUACCAGGAGUAGAACAUGAAGCUCGUGUACCGAAGAAGAUCCUUAAGUGUAAAGCAGUGUCCAGAGAACUGAACUUUUCCUCCUCAGAGAAGCUGGAGAAAUUCAGACUGGAGCAAAAAGUUUUCUUCAAAGGACAGUGUCUAGAAGAAUGGUUCUUUGAGUUUGGUUUUGUUAUUCCUAACUCUACCAACACAUGGCAGUCUCUGAUAGAAGCAGCUCCAGAAUCCCAGAUGAUGCCAGCCAAUGUUUUAACUGGUAAUGUGAUCAUAGAGACCAAGUUCUUUGAUGAUGACCUCCAUGUCAGCACCUCCAGGGUACGGCUUUUCUACGUCUGAUCUCCGACCCAUGACUCUACCUUCCAAAAUGCUGACGUCCUGCCAAGGUCUAUAAAUUACCAAGGUUAGCUACAAUUUGCAGCAGUAAACAGUUCAUUGCUGACUUUGGAUCAGCACAUUUGGGUGAAACCCAGCUGUCAGCGAAGUGAGCUUUGUGUUUGGUUGUUCUCUUGUUUUGUGUUGACCUGAAAACUUCUUCUAGACCUUGGGAGGAGAGAGAAGAGGAGAAGAGAGGACUCUGUUGUUCCCCCUAUCCCAAGAUCAUCUCUCUCUGCAACCACGCCCCAACCCUAGCCCCCACCCCCCGGACUGUUCCAUUAUAAAUACAUUACACACAUCAGCCAGGGAGCCACUCUUAAAUGACACAAUUUAUGCUUUUUUUUUUUAAAUUCCACACUCCCACUUCAAGGUUGCAUUUACUCAGGAACAGAACAUUAGACGUGUAACCUUCUGUGAUCUGAUUUUCUUCUUUCUCUCUGAACAUGGAAACACUGCUGCCCAUGUCGUCCAUGUAAACAGGAGCUGCGCAUCAAUCUCAAGGGAAGAUGCAGCUCAGGGUAUCUCCUGAGCUAUGCUAAAGAAGUCGUCAUCAUAAAGCAUGAGAUAACAUUUCCUUUAGCUGUGUCCCAUUCCAGAGGCUACUUCUUGUAACAUCUCCAUUUCCUGACAGAGUAUAUCACCGUAGCUUAAUCAGGCUGUCCCAUUCCAAAGGCCCAGUGAAAUGAGCCUCCUUCUGUAUACAUUUAUAGGACACAACAAGUAUAUUGUUUGUAGUUCUCAAUAUCUCAAGAUCCUUUGCACUGGUCAGUUUUUGUUUACUUGUCAAGUCAGAAACUUGUUCUGUCUUUUGUUGGAAAUAUAGAAGUUGCGUGAAUUUAUUUGAACAUAUUUUCUCAUUUCAACUCUGACAUCUGACUUUAGUGAGUUGAUGAGGACUGCCUGAAUGCACUGUUAAUGAUGGUCUCUGUGAGGCCAAGUGUUGGAACUGCUGGUGUAGCUUUAGUCCUCCAUAGGGCACAGCUUUGCAGGCAGCCUCUGAAGUAGGACACAGUUUCAACCAAACAAAUCUUUCCUGUUUUCUGACUACACAAACUAGUGUAGAACAGUGGUUUUCAGUGUAGUGUGAGUGGAUUGCUUCUUGUCUGUAUUGUUUGAAAUGAAAACCCUACACACUAUUAUCAUGAUGACAUAUGUUCGAAAAGCACAGUGUCCGAGGGACAUCCUUCAACAAAUACAAGGAGGUUUAGUACAUACAUACAUUUAUGUGCUUGUGCUAUACUUUCUUAAAAUAUUCAGCUUCCAACUAAAUCAUUAUCAGGUGUAGACCAAGACAUGCAUUGUUAAUUCUCAGUAGUUCACCUGUUUUUAAUUUUAGGGUGUUUAACAUAGCUGCUUCCUACAUCCUGGCCACAUUUUUAACUUUGACUUCCCGUCCAAUUCACUGCAUUUAUGUCAUUGUUUUUCCUUAGCUGCUAACUGAGCUUUGUAAAAUAGACUUGUUUUAAUAUGACAGGAGUAGUGGAUUAAAGUCAACCAAUGUUGUAAUAACAUAA